ACCUGUUCUGUCACAAAUUUUUGAGGGUGUUUACGCGUUUUCUUCUUCACACAAUCAGAGAGAUUUUUCAACGCAGAGAACGAAAAUUAGAGAAAGGAAAAAAUGAAAUUCGAUUGAAAAAUUAUAAAAAGCACGUAUAAUAUGAGUGAAAAUGUUUUUUCCAAUAGAAUUUAUUUUGUGCACAUUGAAAUAGUUUCUUCGUAAAAUGUGAAAAUGGACGUAAUGGGAAAAUUAUUAACAAAUGCCGUCGUGGUUGUUUGAGCUUCGUACGCUUCUUCUUCGUUGUCUACGUUUGCUUUGUGCUAGAUAUUUUUAUUUCUAUCACCAGCUAAAUUUCCAUUAGUUUUCCUUCAAUACUGCAAGCAGAAAACAGUGGAAAAGUCAUAUUUAAAAACAUCAAAAAUCCAAAAAGUUACAAGUGCAAUAUAACUCCGGAAGGCAAGUGUUAUACAAAUGAAAAAAAAAAUCAAGGUUUUGUGCAUUGAAAAUGUUUGUUAUUGCUUAUGAAAGCAACUAAACUGUUUUCCCUGAGCUGGGUGGAAUAAAUUGUUAAUUUCCAUUUCAUUAACAUAUCGCAGUAAAGACGAAUAUACAUUUGUAUUAAAUGUAGAGCUAACAGCUGCAUUCGCAGACAGCGAGCAAAGCGAUAGCAGAGUGCAAAGGCAUUUCGUGCAGCAUUGAAAGAAACAACGGUGGACAGACAAAAAAUUGAUUUUAGAUUGGUAUCAUUAUGUUGAUUUAGAAGAAAAAAGAAACGUCUUCUGGUGUACAUAUUUAGCAGAUAUCAGUCGAAUCGUAUGAGUUACAUGAGCAUAGCGUAGUGCACAUUUGUAAAGCAACUGUUGUUUUGGUGCGUUAGACACCACCCGUAGGAAGAGGUUCAUGAAAGCCUAUUUAUUGCCAGUUGAUUUUCACUCCACUUGAUUGCUGGCAAAAAUGGGCGCAACUGCUUCAACCAGCGGUUACCAAAUGCCAGCCACAAGCAGCAAUGGUGGAGGAAGUUCUGGGUUGUUGUUGCCGUCUUCAGCCGCGCUGACAGCCGGUGCUUCUGGUAGUGGCGGUGGGCCCGGUGGCAGCUCCUCAGUCAUGGGCGCAGCAGGCGCUGGUGUACCCCAUUUUCGGGAGCAGCGUCGCAAACGAGUGACGGGUUUCGCAACACUAAAACGGAAAUUCAUACGUCGAAGACGUUCUUCAAAAGCCUGUGAUCAUGCGCGUGUUUUGCGCGAUUUCGUAUCCGAUUGGACUCCAUUGGAGCUAGCAGCAUUAUGUGAGGAGUAUGAAGCAUUGGCUGCAUUAAGGGAUCUAUCGGUACAAGCUGAACUGGCGCGUCCACCUGCGACGACAUUCAAGCAAGAUUUGGCCGCAAUUUACGAAAUGAAAACUUGUACAGACUGUGAUCUUGUCUUUCGCGGAUCUAUUUUUCCAGUGCAUCGAUCUAUACUCUCUUCACGAUGCUCGUACUUCAGGGAUUUACUGGCGGGAUGUCCCGGUUUUGGUGCACGUAUUUGUCUUGAAUUGCCAACUUCGCCCAUCGAUGUUCAGAUGUUCUCAUCGCUAUUACGUUUCCUGUACACGGGUGAUCUUUGUCCACAUGACCCAACCAUUGACAUUAACUUAUUGCGACAGUUGAGUGAUGACUUCGGCACACCGAAUCCGCUGGAACAUGACCUUCGGUAUCUGCUCGAGACAGGUGAUUAUGCCGACGCGGCUUUAGUGUUCACAGUGGAAGGUAACGAUUACCAUCGCCCUGAUUCUGGUAGUUCCGAGUAUGGCUUUAGACCGAAACUGGAAUUGCCUUGUCACAAGGCGAUCCUUAGCGCCCGUUCACCGUUCUUUCGCAACCUGAUCGCACGUCGAACGCGAAAUAUUGACGAGUACACCGAACGUGCAUUGCAUGUUCCAACGAGGAUUGUGCUUGAUGAGACGGUGAUACCGAAACGAUAUGCGCGAGUGUUGUUACAUGCUAUCUACCUGGAUACAGUCGAUUUGACGUUAAUCUUACGUGGUGCUGGUUCUGGCAAUUCGGCGGGGUCACUGGGCGAGGUACAUGCGUUGACCAAUACGGGACGUGCACGACCUACUCCACUAGAGGAGGCUAUGGAGCUCUACCAAAUCGGCAGGUUUCUCGAAUUAGAUAUUUUAGCACAAGGUUGCGAGGACUUGAUACUUGAGUGGCUAACAUUAGACACGCUGCCCACGGUGCUUAGAUGGGGCUCACAGCCCCAUGGUUCGGCUUGGGUUUAUCGACAAGCAUGCCAGUAUCUGAGAGAAGAGUUUUCAGCUGUUAUUGCGUCACCGGUGCUGCAUCAGCUCGACAAGUCACAGCUAAUACAUGUGCUGCAGAGCAACUUUUUGCAGGCAUCAGAAUUAGAGGUGCUACAGGCUGUUCUGAAAUGGGGAGAGCAAGAACUGAUAAGACGUAUGGAGGAUCGUGAACCAAAUAUCGUGUCACAUACGGCACAUUCUGUGACAAGAAAAGGAGUGAAGAAACGAGACCUUAGUGAUGUUGAGUUGCGAGAAAUUCUUUCCGAACUGCUGCCAUUAGUUCGCAUGGAUCAUGUUUUACCACCCAAUAGUGAGGUGCUUGCGCAAGCUAUUCGUCGCGGUCUUGUGAGUACGCCACCUUCGCACAUGAUUAGUGAUGAUCGAGAAAAUUUGCGUGUCAACGCCUGGAUUCGAGGCGGAAAGAACCAAGGACUCUUUGUGCGGCCACGUCUUUUCAUGCCGUAUUUUGAAGAAGUGAAAGUGUUGCUAGAAGAUCGUAUGGCAUCAUCACAUCACCAGGCAGAAUUGAUGCGAAUGCGACGAUCUCGCCAUCUGCCCGACAUUCCUGACACACUAUACAUGGUGUCUCGCAUAAGUGCAGCUAAAAAACCCAGUGUACCUACAGCGGCUGCAGUGACAGGCAAAGAGAGUGUUAACAUAUUAGCUGCAGCGGCCGCCAUACCUCCACCCGACACACAAACUUUGGCAGCGUUGCUCAAGCGCGAACAUAAAUUACAUCAAUCGCCAAUGUGUCAACGUGCACUUCUCUUGCCGCUUUCAUCGAAACACGAAAUUGACCGACAGAUACGCUUGCGAGUAGUUCGAGAGUUUAAUCUGCCCGACGCAGUCUCAGAUCUGCUUGAGACGUCAUUGUUAAGCAAACAGAAUGCUGCAAAUGCAGCAGCUGCAUCAGCUGCCGCAACAACUGUUGCUGAAGACACCGGCAUAACAUCAACCACUCAAACUGAUCCGGCACUCAUCGAAGACGAUGACCAAACGCCCCCACCUUCGCCGGCGGCUGCAGGAUCUGCGCCACGACUCACCGUCGCCGGUGGUUAUCUUUCGACGUCGGUGGGCUCAUCAGCAGCUUCUUCCACAUGUGGCAGUGAAGGCAUACAACCGUGCUAUAGUCGCAAUUUAACAUUCCCACGUCAACACCCGGGCGGUUUGCUGGGUUUGGGAAGUAGCGUUGGCAUGGGUAUGCUGACAAAUGUCGGUGUUGGUGGUAGCGGUGCUCUUCAAGCGAAUUAUGCACGGCUCUCCGCCUCUGUGCAUCAUCGAAACGAUCUGCCGGCGCUAAUAACGGAAGGAGAUUACCGUUUCCCACAUGGCAGUGCGUUGGGCAUUAACGUGGGAGCUGAAGGCGGUGGCGGUGCGAUCGGCUGCGGGGAUGGUGGCAACGGUGGUCAUUUGUCGGAUAUGAUGCCCGAUGUGGCUAUGGCAACAGCGUCACUCGGACAACUGCAUUUGGCGAAUAACUCCAAUAACAGCAACAGUGGAGAUAUGCAUGAAAGUCUUCAACUCGACCUGGGAGACGGUUCGAGUCACAUAAUGGGAGGCGCAGCACCUGGUGCUGUUGUACCGAUGGGAUUACGUGGUUUGCAACACCAUCUGCCACCCAGCAAUUAUCAUCACUUCAUGCAACGCUCAAAUUCGCCAUUCGACAUGUUGAGACAAGGCCAACAUUCGCCAGCACCACAUCCACCACCUGGGACAUACAAUUCAGGGCCGCCCAGAUUCUUAUAGAGUUUGCGAGUGGCCCCCGAUCAGGGCCUUUAUUUUAGCAUGCCUUUUUGAGGAACACAAGACAUUUAAUCCAAAAUUACGUAGCUGGCAUAGUUUUAUGUCACCUCAGAACUGUGCAUAACGAGGCUUGCAUGCGGUGUAAGGAGCGCAAACACAUUUCUUAACGCGAAAUUGUACGUGGAGCUGUCAAGAGUACGCGUGUGUGAAAGGUAGAGUGAUAAGUGCAAAAGUUUCCUUAUGCACAGUUUUGUUGUGCUUGUUUUUUUUAUAAAAGAAGCUGCGAUUAUUACCAAGCCAAACCCCAGCUUACACACAUACCGUUGUGAGUAGAGAUAUAGCGCACCAUUCGCACAAUGUUGACUGUUGUCCUUGAGGAAUCAAGUGAUCUUCUAUGCUUCUAAGUUCCUUUUCCAAUUUUACUAAAAAAAUUAAUUUUUAAUUUGUGGAUCUUUAUCAAACUAGUAGAAAACAAAGAAAAAUUUGAAAGUAUAGCUUCUUCUAACACAUUUUUAUAAUUUGUAAAACCACAAGUAACAUUUAAGCAAGAUUCUCAAUUGUUAAUUUUAAAUUUUGAAAAUAAAUGUUAAAGACUCUUCUACAUAGUACUAGUCAAAUCAAUAAUUUCACAUUCACUCUCCUUUACAUAGAAAUUUGAUUUUUAUUUUUCGUUCAAUAUGAAGUUCAGUGCUGUGUAAGGCGGGUCGCUCUAUAUCUUUGCUCAUUGCCGUGUGUGUGAUAGCACUCGAAAUUCAAAAAACGCUAAAAUAAGGGACGCACAUCAAAUGGAGUGAAGAUUAUAAAAACCAAGCAAAACACUCGCACAUUAAAAAAUGAAGCUACUGUUAGCCAGCGGGGAAGGGGCUCACUGCACCUUUGUAUUGUAAAGUAAUGUAAAAUGCGGAAAUGUGAAUGAAGUGGUUCGUCUAAAAUACCGAUCAAACCAAUAUUAAAACAAAAAUUAUAAUAAUUAAUAAGUAAUUGAAUUAAAUUAAAAAAGAAGAAGAGAACAAAGUGUAGUGUUAGAAGUAUAAUAACUUGUGGAUAUAUGUACAUACAUAAUACAUGCAUAUAAAAUAUCUGAACUGGCGUUUACACACACGAAAAUUAUUUACUUACAAAUUAUUAUACAUAUAUAAUUGUAUAAAUUGCAUAUAUAUAUACAUACACACACACACACACACACACACACACAGUGUGUGAAAUAGUUAAAAUGUUAUUUUUUAAGUAAAUAAUACAAAAUUUAUUUCGAUGCGGUGCGUGUGAGUUACAACAUUUUAGAUGCUGCUGUAAUUUAGCAGUGAUCUGGAAAUAUAUAUUAAAAACACAACAUUCUAAAAAUAUUCGAUAACAAAAUUAAAAAAAUAUAUUACAAAUUUAUAUUAAAACAAUUUCGAUAAUCUGUGCUGGCCUACCUUUGGUUGACUUUGUUUUAGCUCAUGAUUUGACGUUACACACACAAACCCUUUAAAUAGCCAGUAAAGUGAACUAAAAUGAAUGUUUAAAUAUGCGCGUUGCUACUCACAGCAUUUUUUUAUUUUCAAUGCGUUUUCUCUCCGCAUCCAUACUUCAUUAAAAUAUGCAAUUAUUCAUGACCACAUUCAUCAAACUAAAUGUAAGCAUUUAUUCGAAUAUUGCCAGAAAUGCUGCGUUCCCCUGAAGGUACAAUAUGAUUUUUUUUGUGCUAAUACUAUUAAGCCAACCUACUGAUUUUCUGAUUCUCUAUGUUGUAUAUUGCUGUAAGUCCUCGAUUAGAAUAAUUUCGAAUAAUAGAAUUCAUUACCGUCAAACCGAAAGCGUUCCUUCAGCGAAGAUUUGGUGUGCUGACGGAGACUUGAUUAAUAUGAAUAUGUUUUUUUUUAUUAUUUAGAAAGGCCUAUGUAUACAUACAUAUGCAUAUAUGUAUAUACAAGCGUACCUAUGAAAGAAUAUUCUCAUCAUCAUCUACACACACAUAUGUAUGUAUUAUAUAUAUGCAUAUGUAAUAGCUAAUUCAGUUUUGUACUGUUUCAUUAUUUUCGAAGAUUAAGCGUUUUUUCUGCUUCUGUGCAAUGUGCAAUGUGCAGAAUCAUCUUCUUUUCAAUGUACCUAUUAAAUAAGUUAGACUUGUGUAAUGUUGAAGUGGCGCCUACUUUUAUUAUUUCAUAAUAUACAUACAUAUAUUUAUUACAAUUCUAAUUAUAGGUAAACAAUACGAU